AUGGGGGGGUCGACUGUAAUAACAUUUUCUUCGAUCAAUGUUUGCCUUCGUGCACUGUCAUGGNCAGAUGUCUCUAAAGGGGAAGUUCUGUCAGAAUAUGUUGGAUCUGGUCCUCCGAAAGGAACAGGUCUUCAUCGUUAUGUCUAUGUAGUCUACAAACAACCAAAUACCCUGCAGCCAGACGAGAAACGUCUCACCAAUCGAUCUGGCAACCACCGCGGAAACUUUAAGAUCCGUAACUUUGCGCAGAAGUACAAUCUCGGCACUCCGCACGCAGGAAACUUCUACCAGGCCCAGUGGGACGAUUACGUGCCAAAGUUGUACGAGCAACUCAGCGGCAACUAGAAAGUAAUGUUUUUUCUGAUCAUGUGAAUUAAUUUUUUUUUCCUCUAAAUAGAAAUUUACUAUUUGCUCAAUUGUAACAAAUUAAAACCUGUUGCUUUCUUUAUGACAAUCUUA